GGUUCCGGUGCCGCGUCUCGUUGGUUCCGGUGCCGCGUCUCGCUGGUUCCGCGGGGCACCGGGAGCGGCACCGGGAGCGGCCCCGGGAGCGGCCCCGGCGCGGCACCGGGAGCGGCCCCGCCAUGUGGUUCAUGUACGUGCUGAGCUGGCUGUCCCUGCUGCUGCAGGUGGCCUUUGUCACCUUGGCCAUCGCGGCCGGCCUCUAUUACCUGGCGGAGCUGAUCGAGGAGUACACGGUGGCCACCAGGAGAGUCAUCAAAUCCAUGAUCUGGUUCUCCUCUGCAGUGCACUUGGGGCUGCUGCUGUUCGAGCAUUUCCCGGCGCUGCUGGUGGCCACGGGGCUGUUCAGUAACCUGGUGUACGUGGGGCUGCUGCAGAGCUUCCCCUGCGUCGUGCUGGGCUCCUCCAACUUCCUCCUCUCCUGCGUUCUGGUCGUGCUCAAUCACUACCUGGCCUUCCAAUAUUUCUCUGAGGAAUUUUACCUUUUUUCCGAGGUCCUGGCUUAUUUCACCUUCUGCCUGUGGCUGAUCCCCUUCGCCUUCUUCGUGUCGCUGUCGGCCGGGGAGAACGUCCUGCCCUGCACCGUGCAGCCCGGAGAUGACGUCGUCUCCAAUUAUUUCACCAAGGGGAAACGAGGGAAGCGCUCCGGGAUCCUCCUGAUUUUCUCCUUUCUCAAGGAAGCCAUCCUGCCCAGCAGGCAGAAAAUUUACUGAAAUUCCAGAAGUUUUGGGAAUUUUUGGGAAUAUCCAGAAGAUCCCCAGCCGGAAGAUCCCAAAUUUUUGCCUCUUUCCGACGGGAAUUCUUUGGGAAUUCAGAGACUUGGACACUCCUGGAGGUGCCGACCACGUUUGGGGUUUUUCCUGCUGAUUCCUUGGGAAUGUUUCCGUGGAAAAUGUUGGGAAUUUUGGGAAUUUCCCAAUUCCCUGCGGGUUUUUAUUUUUUUUUUUGGAGCUGCUCCUGGAUUUUCCUGAGGGUUGCACAGAGCCAGGAAUUAAAAAAAAAAUGGGGAAAAUUGGGAUAAAUCCAGAGGAUUCCACGCUGUUCCUUCAUCCCGUUUUUCCAGAGGGAAUGAUCCCAAAAAAAAAAAAAAAAAAAAAAAUCAGGAUUUGGGCAGUUGAAAUCCUGGAAAUUCCCAUUUUUCCCUCCAGCAAAACCUUGGGAAGGAGUUGAUGGAAAGGGAUUUUCCGUGGGAAUUUUGCUUUUCCAGGGAAUUCCUGCAGAUGAGGGGGGAAUGUUGAGAAUUCCCAGAUUUUUCCUUCCUCCUUUUCCAAAGGGUGAAAAUCCUCCGAGGGAGCCGCAAAUUUUUUCUUUCCCUUGAGAAAAUUCCUGUUUUUUUCCGGAUUUUUUCAUUCCCACCCCAGCCAGGCUUGGGAAUUCCUGAUCCAGAGGAUUUUUUCCAGGAAUUCCCCAAAAAAAUUCCUUUGGAAAAGUUGGAAUUUUGUUCCAAGAACUCUUGGAUUGGGUUUGUUUUUUUUUUUUUUUUUUUUAAUUUUUAUUUUUUCCUUCUGGAUUUCCUGGAAAAUUCCAGGAUGGGAAUGAGGAAAAUCAGGAAUUCCUGAUUCCUUUGAAUCCCGAUUUUCCUGGGAAUUUUUCCAGCUGUUUUUCCAUAUUUUUCUAGCCUGGAUUUCCAGGAGCUGAAUCAGAUUUUAAGUAAAUUGUGGAAUUCCAUCAAUAUUUAACCAGGAAAAGGAAAUUCGGGAUGAAACCCCCAGAAAUUUGGAAAAACAUUCCCAGAAACACCGGGAAUGUGGGAAAUUUAUGAAUAAAGUGGAAAAAUCCUGGAUUUUCCUUGGGGUUUUGAGGGUUUUUUUUUUUGGGAUUGGGAUUUUUUUAGGGAUCCCUGGAAGUGUCCAAGGCCAGGUUGGAGCUGGGAUUGUGGAAUUUGGGUGGAAUUUUGCCACGGGAAUUCCGGGAUUUUUGGGGGGAAUUCAUGGAUUCAGAUCCCGUGGAAAUUUCCUGGAUCCGGAAAAGUCAGGAAAAGGAAAUUCCCAGGCUCUGGAAUUUUCCUGGAAGCAGCAGGGAGAGCCCAAAAAAAGCUGGAUUUGGAAAAAUCCGGGAAAAAACUCCCAAGAUUUGAAGAAAUCACAGGAAAAGCUCCUGGAAAGUUCCAGGAUUUGCAAAAAUCUGGGAAGAAACUCCAGGAAUUGGAGAAAUCUGGGAAAAAGCUCCAAGAAAGUUCCAGGAUUUGAAGAAAUUCAGGAAAAAUCUCCAGGAAAGUUUCAGGAUUUGGGAGAAAUCCAGGAAAAAACUCCAGGAUUUGGAGAAAUCUGGGAAAAAUCUCCAGGAAAGUUUCAAGAAUUGGAGAAAUCUGGGAAGAAACUCCAGGAAUUUGAGAAAUCCAGGAAAAGCUACUGGGAAAUUGUGGGAUUUGGGAGAAAUCCAGGAAAAAAACUCCAGGAUUUGGGAAAACUCUUGGAAAAAGCUCCAGGAAAUUUCCAGGAAUUGGAAAAAUCUGGGAAAAUUUCCCGCUCCUUUUCCAGCAGGAAUUUCCCUUUUCCAGGUAUUUUUUGGACCUCUCCUUCCCAGUUUUCCUCCUGGAAAAUCUGCAGGGAAAAGGAGCAGGAAUUGAGGGAAAUUUGGGAAAAAUCCCUCCCAGCCUUAAAUUUUUGAAUUCCAGCUGGAGGAGGAGGGAAAAAAAAUCGGGAUAAAAACAAAUCCGUGAAAAUUCCCGGGGAAUGGAGAAUUUGGGAUUCCUGGGAAAGCAGCUUUGGAAUGCGGGGAAUAAUUCCAGUUUUUCACAAAUCCAAGGGAAAUAAAAAUUUUAUUUGGAUGUUGUAGGAAA